AUGAACUGGAGGUUUGUUGAGCUCCUCUACUUCCUGUUUAUAUGGGGCCGUAUCUCAGUGCAGCCCUCCCACCAGGAACCAGCUGGGACAGACCAACAUGUCUCCAAGGAAUUUGAUUGGCUCAUUUCAGACAGGGGGCCUUUCCACCACUCCAGGAGCUACCUAUCCUUUGUGGAAAGACACCGUCAAGGAUUUACAACUAGAUAUAAAAUAUACAGGGAGUUUGCCCGUUGGAAGGUGAGGAACACAGCCAUCGAGAGGAGAGACCUGGUCCGUCACCCAGUGCCCCUCAUGCCGGAGUUUCAAAGGAGCAUCCGCCUGCUGGGCAGGAGACCCACCACUCAGCAGUUCAUCGACACCAUCAUCAAAAAGUACGGCACCCACCUCCUCAUCUCUGCCACCUUGGGAGGGGAGGAGGCCUUGACCAUGUACAUGGACAAAAGUCGCCUCGACAGGAAGUCAGGGAAUGCCACUCAAAGUGUUGAAGCUCUGCACCAGCUUGCAUCGUCAUACUUUGUGGACCGUGAUGGCACCAUGAGGAGGCUCCAUGAGAUCCAGAUAUCAACUGGCGCAAUCAAGGUCACAGAGACACGCACUGGGCCCCUGGGCUGUAACAGCUACGACAAUCUGGACUCUGUGAGUUCUGUCCUUCUGCAAAGCACCGAGAGCAAACUUCACCUUCAAGGCCUGCAGAUCAUCUUCCCUCCGUACCUGCAAGAGAAGUUUGUCCAGUCUGCCCUGAGCUACAUCAUGUGCAAUGGUGAGGGCGAGUAUGUGUGCCAGAACAGCCAGUGCCGAUGCCAGUGUGCCGAGGAGUUCCCGCAGUGCAACUGCCCCAUCACCGACAUCCAGAUCAUGGAGUACACGCUGGCCAACAUGGCCAAGUCCUGGGCCGAGGCUUACAAGGACUUGGAGAAUUCAGAUGAGUUUAAAUCGUUUAUGAAGCGUCUGCCCAGCAACCACUUCCUGACCAUCGGGAGCAUCCAUCAGCACUGGGGCAACGACUGGGACCUGCAGAACCGCUACAAGCUCCUGCAGAGCUCCAUGGAGGCCCAGCGGCAGAAGAUCCAGCGCACCGCCCGCAAGCUCUUUGGCCUCAGCGUCCGCUGCCGCCACAAUCCCAACCACCAGCUGCCUAGAGAGAGGACGAUCCAGCAGUGGCUGGCCCGGGUGCAGUCGCUUCUCUACUGCAAUGAGAACGGGUUUUGGGGAACCUUCCUGGAGAGCCAGAGGAGCUGCGUGUGCCACGGGAGCACCACGCUGUGCCAGCGCCCCAUCCCCUGCAUCAUCGGCGGCAACAACAGCUGCGCCAUGUGCAGCCUGGCCAACAUCUCCCUCUGCGGCUCCUGCAACAAGGGCUACAAGCUGUACCGCGGCCGCUGCGAGCCCCAGAACGUGGACUCGGAGCGCAGCGAGCAGUUCAUCAGCUUCGAGACCGACCUGGACUUCCAGGACCUGGAGCUGAAGUACCUGCUGCAGAAGAUGGACUCGCGCCUCUACGUGCACACCACCUUCGUCAGCAACGAGAUCCGCCUCGACACCUUCUUUGACCCGCGGUGGCGCAAGCGCAUGUCCCUCACGCUCAAGAGCAACAAGAACCGCAUGGACUUCAUCCACAUGGUGAUCGGCAUGUCCAUGCGCAUCUGCCAGAUGCGCAACAGCAGCCUGGACCCCAUGUUCUUCGUCUACGUCAACCCCUUCAGCGGCAGCCACUCGGAGGGCUGGAACAUGCCGUUCGGCGAGUUCGGCUACCCGCGCUGGGAGAAGGUCCGCCUCCAGAACAGCCAGUGCUACAACUGGACCCUCUUGCUGGGCAAUCGGUGGAAGACGUUUUUCGAGACGGUCCACAUCUACCUGCGCAGUCGGACUCGGCUCGCCACCGUCCUGCGGAACGAGACCGGCCAGGGCCCCGUGGACCUGUCCGACCCCAACAAGCGGCAGUUCUACAUCAAGAUCUCGGACGUGCAGGUGUUCGGCUACAGCCUGCGCUUCAACGCCGACCUCCUCCGCAGCGCCGUGCAGCAGGUCAACCAGUCCUACACGCAGGGCGGCCAGUUCUACUCGUCGUCGUCCGUGAUGCUCCUCUUGUUGGAUAUUCGGGACCGAAUCAACCGCCUGGCCCCGCCCGUGGCCCCCGGGAAGCCCCAGCUGGACCUGUUCUCCUGUAUGCUGAAGCACCGCCUGAAGCUGACCAACAGCGAGAUCAUCAGGGUGAACCACGCCUUGGACCUCUACAACACGGAGAUCCUCAAACAGUCCGACCAGAUGACGGCCAAGCUCUGCUAACCGGCCACGCCCGGGCCGCGGGACGUUCCCUUUUGUUGUACAAAACAGUUAACAGGACGAAAACCACGCGAAGUAAAUUAAAAAAAAAAUAUUUGUAAAAUGUAAUUACUAUUCGAAGAGACGGAGGAAAACAUCUUCAUUCGUUGGACACUGAACACACGUUCUAGCGACUGUCUGAAACCGCGGGGCAUGUCUGUUAUUUCUAUACUCUGUCACCUGGAGGAGCUCGGAGGGAGCUGGAGUUGCUUCUUAGGCCUCAGGUGCUGGGCGGAGGGGGAGGCGGGGAGAGCCUAUGCCAUGGAUUGUAAAGGUCUCUGCUGUGCAGGUGCUAAGGUGACACGCGAAAAAGAAAGAGAGCUAUAUGUAAUGUA